AUGCAACUCCUACCAAUUCGCAUCAUUCAUCACGCUCCCAUCGCUCUGAGCGAUGGGACCGUACUCUCUGCCAUGAUAUGGCUACCGGAAAACGCAGAGUCCAAUCCGGUCCCUGCCAUUCUGGAGUACCUGCCAUAUCGUAAACGUGAUAUGACAGCUGAGCGCGAUGCGACAAACAUGCCCUACGUCGCAGGCCGCGGCUAUGCCUGCGUGCGCGUGGACAUGCGCGGCACAGGCGACUCUCAAGGCUUGAUCUUGGGCGAGUACUUGAAACAAGAGCAGGACGAUGCGCUUGAAGUCUUGCAGUGGCUCGCGGCACAGAAAUGGUGCACUGGCUCUUGCGGAAUGAUCGGUAUAUCUUGGGGCGGCUUCAAUUCGCUGCAGGUUGCUGCACGGAGGCCGAAAGAAUUGAAGGCCAUUGUUUCUAUUGCAUCGACCGAUGACCGAUACAACGACGAUAUUCACUUUAUGGGCGGUUGCAUGCUCACGGAGAAUUUCACCUGGGCGGCUUCAAUGUUCGCGAUUAAUUCUUGCCCACCUGAUCCAGCAGUCGUGGGAGACCAAUGGCGAGACCUUUGGCUACAACGCCUCGAAUCUGGAGGCUUCUUUGCAAAGGAGUGGCAUGAGAACCAAAGGCGGAACGAUUUCUGGAAGCAUGGUUCCAUCAACGAAGAUUACAGUUCUAUCGAGGCCGCAACUUACUUAGUGAGUGGGUGGCAAGACCCGUAUACCAAUACAGUCUUCAGGAUGCUGGAGAACCUAAAGUGCCCCAAGAAAGGGCUCGUGGGUCCUUGGGGUCACAAAUACCCCAAUUUUGCGAAGCCUGGCCCACAAAUUGGCUUCUUGCAAGAGACAGUCCGUUGGUGGGACAAAUGGCUGAAGGGUAUCGACGAAACGGGUAUUAUGGAUGAGCCCCAGCUUCGAUGUUACCUGCAAGAUCCCGCUCCACCGGCCCCUCACGACAAGUUCCGUCCUGGUCAUUGGGUUGCAGAAAACAAAUGGGCCGACGACAAGGCACUUACACGCCGGAUGGGUCUUUCUCCAGGGCGCUUGACCGACGAAACCUCCACCAGUUCUGAGAAGAUCGGAAUCUGUUCCCCGCAAACCCUUGGGUUCGCUGGAGGAAGAUGGUUAAUCUUCGGCGUCGAGGGCGAGGGCCCAUCCGAUCAGCGCCUGGAAGCCGGCGGUAGCCUCGUAUUUGACACUCAGCCACUCAAAGAGCCUCUUGAUCUGCUCGGGGCUGCUGUUCUGAACGUUCGUAUCGCAAGCGACAAGCCCGAUGCCCUGAUAGCCGCAACGCUAUCAGAAGUGCUACCCAACGGCGCAGCAACUCGCGUAUCUUACGGUCUACUUAACCUCACUCACCGUGACAGCCAUGAAGAUCUGAAGGCCCUCGAGCCAGGAAAUUUCUACGACGUAGAAUUGAAAUUGAAUCACUUCGGACAGCGCCUAGGGGUGGGCAGUCGCCUUCGUCUGGCACUAUCUUCUACGUACUUUCCCAUAGUCUGGCCGUCCCCUGAGGCUACCACCCUUACAAUCGAUACUGGAUCCAGUCACAUCGACCUGCCGGUACGAACCGACGACUCUCAAGACUCUAAGCUUAAGCCGUUUGGACCGGCGAUCAACGGCUCUCUCAAAAAGACUCAGCUACGCCCUGCCGAUCACAAGAACUACGUCAAGCAAGACUGGGAUACCGGACGCACAGAGCUUGUUGUGGACUGGGAUGAUGGAAAGUGGGAAGUGGAUGCGACUGGAUGGCGUUUUGGGUGGACGACACCGAUGGUCAUGGGGGUUCACCCUGCCGAUCCACUGUCUGCUGAAGUCUACCAGGGCUUCGAUAGAGAGUUUGAACGUGGCGACAUCAAAGUCAGCUUCAAGGGGUGGACAAAGAUGAGGGCGACAACUACGGAGUGGAUUAUGACUGCACGGAUAGACGCAUGGGAAGGAGAGAAAGCGGUGUUUGGACGAGACUAUGAGUUCAAAGUUCCCCGCGAUCAUGUGUAG